ACCGCCCUCUAGCCAACCGGAGACUAAAUUAGGACGCCGAUAUAGUCAGUAGGUGUAUUCUAGUUAGUUUUUGUUUUAAACUGACGUAUUUAAUUUAACUGGUUGUCUUUUAGACUAUACUUUCAUUUAAAACUGCAUUGAGGACGACAGCAUCAGUAUGUGAACGUCAGUGACUUUUAUCCGAGAAAAGCUCCUCCUCUCGCUCCGCCAUUUCUGGUACGAUAAGGCGGGCAAUUUUGAAACACUGUCAGGGUUCUGAAAUGUGUCCAGAUAAAUACUAUUAGAAAGCAUUUUGUACGAAGUUAUUUCGUCCACCGCGGGUAGCUACCUAGAAGGCACACAUUUAUACAAUAUUUAGUGUCUGCUGAGCUAGUUAGCUAGCGGCUAGCUACUUCAACUUUGCAAAAUGAGCAGUAGGACACCGCGACUCUCGUCGACUGGUCAAGUGAACAAGAACAACAAAAUUAGAAAGUCAGAUGGAAGCCCACCACGAAGGAGAUCUGCGAGGCUAUCGGCGAAUGAAGAAAAUGUACCUCCUAAAUCUGAGGCUUGUGUGCUUGUUAAACGUUCCAUCUCUGUGAGGAAAAUUGCUCCAAGGAAAACGCAGGUCCCAUCAGUGCCCAACAAGUUAAAUGUGGACAUAUUGUCUAGUGCUACUAGGAAGAGAUCUGAAAUUUCAAGUCCAGCCCAAGCUGAUGCACAUCUGCCCAAGUCCAAAAUCAUCUCCCCCAUCCAGACCCCUGCUUCUCCCCCUCCCAAGAAUAGAGAACCAGAUCAGAAUUCUGUGUGGUCCCACAAAGUACGUCGUUCCUACAGCCGCUUAAGCAUGCGGGACCGGUCCGUUGAGAGUCCUGAACCCCUGUCUGCCUCAUCCCCCACUCGCCGUGAGACCCUGUUUGGGUUUGAGAGGCUCCAGACCCCGGAGGUGAUGCGUAAGGCCAAUGUGUCGAGGGGAGCCCUCCAAAGCACCGCCUCCCUUUGCGGGGGAUCGUUCAACCUUUCGGCAGCUGAGGACACCGUGUACAACCACCCAGAGCCAGACCUGAACAUCCCGGGAGUGUGCCUGGUAAAGAAGAACACUCGGAGGAAGAGAGUCCAACAGAUAAAGUUGUCAGAGCUGGAUAUUCUGGCUGCAAAAAUGAAUGCUGAAUUUGAAGAGGCAGAGUGUUUUGAGCUGGUGGUGGAGUGAAGUCUUAGGACAGCCUUUGAAGACAGUUAAUGCCACUGGAACAGUUGAAAACCCCAGACCAGAAUGAAAAGGAACAGAAUUCUUCGUUCAGUUUAUCACAUUUAAAGACUAAACAGAUUACAUCUGUAUGGGCACUCAUUACUGUGCACAAAUCAGUCAAACUGUUAAGAUAAAAUUCUGUCAGAAUGGCACAAGUCAUUUCUUUUGAGGCUAUUUUUGUUCUUUAACAGCAUCUGUUAUUUAAUCUUCCAUCAACCAGGCCUGCAGGAUUGCUUAUUUUAUUUGGUCUUUUUUGUAUUGUUUUUGUUAUACUUUACAAGUAAAACGAAACAAGGAAUUGUAUAUGGACAUAGUGUUUUACUAUUUCAGGGGCCAAUGUUAAUGGAAUUUCUUUUCUCUCCCUCCCUCCAACAAGGCAUUGUUAAAAGUAGCAAUUUAUUACUCUUACGUUAGCGAAACCUGGUCAUUAUUAGUGAUUACGGUGUCCCAGUAUUUCAUCCACGUUGCCAAUAGAUGCUGAUGAGGCUUGGUUUGCAUUGUGCAAUGAAUUAAUUCGUCAACCAGCUUGUUAUUCACUAUCCACAAUCCCCAAGUUUCAUAUCAUAGUGCAUCAGUUUGCUUGCGGAUUUAUAUAGUGUAUUUACUGGGAGAUCUCAGUAUCUACACACUGUGUGCUACCAUUGCACUUCAUGUAAUUUGCCUCUAGAGGGGGCAGUUUGUUGCAGCAAGUAGCUGUUUUGAAAUCAGCAGCUGUCUGUAAUGCAAUCUUUAUACUGUUUACCAUUUUCCUCACUUUGCCCUCAUGUUUACCUUACUGGAUAUGAUCUUAUUAAAAGCCCAUAUCCAAUAAUUUGCCUUCAAUAUCUACUUGUAUAAGCAGCCCUGAUUAUACCUAAUAGACACUUCACUGAGGUUCCACAGUUUUCUGUCUAAAGCUUUGUAUGUCCUAUGCAGCAAGACAAGCGUAUGUUAACUCGGCCUUAAUAAAUUGUUUGAUGCGA